CCCCCCGGCAGCCCUCUGCGCGCCCCGCCGCCUGCCGUCAGUCCCCCCGGUCCCCGGUCCCCUGGCUCACGGGCAUGGCGCGCGCGGCGGGGCCCGAGCGGCGGCUCCUGGCCAUCUACACCGGAGGCACCAUCGGCAUGCGGAGCGAGCGCGGCGUGCUUGUCCCUGGCAAGGGCCUGGCCGCCGUUCUGAGGACACUGCCCAUGUUCCACGAUGAGGGGCAUGCCCAGGCCUGUGGCCUCCCUGAGGACACCUUAGUGCUGCCGCCUGCCAGCCCCGCCUGCCCCGACCAGAGGGUCAUGUACACGGUGCUGGAGUGCCAGCCUCUCUUCGACUCCAGUGACAUGACCAUCACUGAGUGGGUUCAGAUCGCCCAGACCAUUGAGAGACACUACGGGCAGUACCAUGGCUUUGUGGUCAUCCAUGGCACCGACACCAUGGCCUUCGCCGCCUCCGUGCUCUCCUUCAUGCUGGAAAACCUGCAGAAAACCGUCAUCCUCACUGGUGCCCAGGUGCCCAUCCACGCCCUGUGGAACGACGGCCGUGAGAACCUGCUGGGUGCCCUGCUGCUGGCUGGCCAGUACGUGAUCCCCGAGGUCUGCCUGUUCUUCCAGAACCAGCUGUUUCGGGGCAACCGAGUGACCAAGGUGGACACGCGCAGGUUUGCAGCCUUCUGCUCCCCCAACCUGCCCCCUCUGGCCACCGUGGGCGCUGAUGUCACAAUCAACCGGGAGCUGGUGCGGAAGGUCCGCGGGCAGGGCCGGCUGGUGGUGCACGGCAGCAUGGAGCGCGACGUGGGCCUGCUACGCCUCUACCCCGGGAUCCCCGCCGCCCUGGUUCGGGUCUUCCUGCAGCCCCCCCUAAAGGGCGUGGUCAUGGAAACCUUCGGAUCGGGAAACGGGCCCACCAAGCCCGACCUGCUCCAGGAGCUGCGGGAGGCAGCUGAGCGAGGCCUAGUCAUCGUCAACUGCACCCACUGCCUUCAGGGCGCCGUCACCUCGGACUAUGGUGCUGGCACGGCCCUGGCGGGAGCCGGCACCAUCUCAGGCUCCGACAUGACAUCGGAGGCGGCCCUGGCCAAGCUGUCGUAUGUGCUUGGCCUGCCGGGGCUGAGCCUGGAUGGCAGGAAGGAGCUGCUGGCCAGGGACCUGCGCGGGGAGAUGACGCUGCCCGCCACGGACGAGCUCCGGCCCUCUCUGCGGGGCAGCACGCCGGGCCGCGGGGUCGCCCAGCUCCUUAGUCUGAGCCAGGAGGCUGAGGACGUGCGAGAUGCCCUGGUACCCAGCCUGGCCUGCGCCGCGGCCCACGCCGGCGACCUGGAGGCCCUGCAGGUGCUUGCGGAGCUGGGCAGUGACCUGAGCCUGGAGGACUUUGGUGGUCAAACUCCGCUGCACUCGGCCGCCCGAGGGGGCCAGGCUGGGGUGGUCACCAUGCUGCUGCAGAGAGGGCUGGACGUGAACGCACGGGACAAGGAUGGCCUCAGCCCGCUGCUGCUGGCCGUGAGGGGCAGGCAUCAGGGUGUCAUUGGGCUGCUGCGGGCGGCUGGGGCCUGCCUGUCCCCCCAGGACCUGGAGGACUCGGGAACAGAGCUCUGCAGGCUGGCAUCCAGGGCAGACUGUGAAGGCCUGCGGGCAUGGUGGCAGGCAGGGGCCGACCUGAGGCAGCCGGGCUAUGAUGGGCGCAGCGCCCUGCAUGUCGCAGAGGCAGCUGGGAACCUGGAAGUGGUGGCCCUUCUGCAGAGCCUUCAAGGUGGGGUUGGUGACCAGGCCCUGGGCCCAGUAAGUCCCCUACCCCCCUGUGGGGUUGGACCUGGUGGGGAUUGUGUCCUGGGGACAGAGCCGGUCUAAGUCAGUGGGGCCUGCAGGGCCCCUCCUGUGGGUGGGGCGCACCCUCUGUGGGAAGCUGCAAACUGCCUGGAGGGAGGGCCAACCCCAGACCCCCUGCUUCCAUCCUGUCAGGCCGCCCCAUGGUGCACCCUGCCCCAUGGCGCACCCUGCCGCGGCACUGGAGGCCCCAGCCCGGUCAAGAAGCUCCCCGAGCCUGGAGGGGGCCUGCCCGCCCUGCCCCGCCCCAGCAGGACCAGCACCCACUGGGCUGGGUGGGCCAGGUUCCAGCUGACUCCCCACCCCCACCCCAUCAGCUGGCCUUCCGGAAAACCCUCCAGGCUGGUUGGGUUUGCUCAGGUCCUUGGGUCCCUCCCCUGUGAAAGGCUGCUUCCCACUGACAGGUUCCCAGGGCUUGUCUGUCUGCUCUGGCCCCAUACAGUACCUG